CCUUCAGGCGAUCUCCCAUUGUCAGGAAUCCGGGUUCUUGAGCUUGGACAACUCAUUGCUGGCCCCUUCUGUGGCCAAUUGCUGGGACAUUUUGGUGCAGAGAUCAUCAAGGUCGAACCACCUUCAACCGGAGACCCACUACGGGUAUGGCGCGAACUUGACAUUGACGGGACGAGCCCUUGGUUCCGAAGUCUUGCAAGGAACAAGAAGAGCGUUGCUAUUGACCUGAGGAAACAGGAAGGAAGACAACUCGUAAAACGGUUAGCUGUCAAGAGCGACGUCAUAAUCGAAAACUUCAAGCCGGGAACCCUGGAGAAAUGGGGUCUUGGGCCACAGGAGUUACACAUGGAGAAUCCAUCCCUGAUCUUCACCCGUGUCAGCGGAUAUGGCCAAACAGGUCCAUGGGCUUCGCGACCAGGAUAUGCGUCCGUAUGUGAAGCUGAGUCAGGAUUUCGCUUUAUCAAUGGACAGCCAGACCCGCAUACCGGAUUGCUUUCGGGACCUCCAACGAGACCCAAUAUCAGUCUUGGUGACUCUAUCGCUGGAUUACAUGCAGCGUUCGGCACCGUGCUUGCGUUGUUGUCGAAGCAGAAAAAAGCUUCACGAGGGAAGCAAGUUGGUGAGACGGUGGAUGUGAGCAUCAUGGAAAGCAUGUUGAACCUGAUGGAAGGCAUCGUUCCGGAGUAUGACCGUAAAGGCAAAGUCCGUGGGCCAUCGGGUUCAUCGGUGACGGGUAUAGUACCCACUAACGCAUACCCCUGCCUCCCAUCACCAUCAACACCCGCUUCGCCAACAUACAUAAUCAUCGGCGCAAAUGGAGAUACCCUCUACGCGCGACUUAUGCGUGCCAUUGGCCGUGAAGACCUCAUAGGACCGUCGUACGCUCACAAUCACCAUCGCGUCGCACGGCAAGUGGAGAUCGAAGAAGCAAUUUCAGCGUGGACCAGCCAGAAGCACGUCGAAGAAGUCCUAAUUGUUCUCGAGGGUGCUGGAGUACCUGUCGGACGUGUCGUCGGCGUGAAAGAGAUUGUGGACGGCGAACAAGUAAAAGCGAGAGGAGCAGUGGAGGACGUGUGGGUUGGUAAAGAGGGAGAGGGUUGGAACGUAAAGAUGCCUAGAGUGUUUCCUGUGCUUGAAGGCUGCGAUGCGAAGACUAAGUGGGCAGGGCCUGAUCUGGGCGCACAUACAGAUGAGGUCUUAGGGGAAUUAGGGGUGAGCGUUGAAAAUAUUACCCGGCUGAGAGAAGAGGGCGUUAUUGGAUGAAGGAGUUACUUAGUCCAGCUACUAUCCCUUACCAUCUAUUCGUGAUGGACCGUCAUUUCGUGAGUCACGCUUUUUCGCGGUGAAUUUCGUGAC